GAUGGAUUAGUUAAUGUUCAAUGUAUUAAUCAAAUUCAAACACAUAUUUUUCGUUUUCACAAUCGCGGUACUGGUUCGAUUAAAUUGAAACUGAAUGUUAAUAUUCUCGAUGCAUAUCUCCAUUCAAUCGGUCGCGUAAAGUUAUGUGGACAAGUGAAUGACGAUGCUGUUCUCAAAUCUUUAGGCGUCGGUGAUGUCGAUUGUCGACAUUUAUUGACUAAGAAAAUGAAUGUGAUUUCGAGCGGAAUUGGAAAUAUUUAUGUCACAGCUACAGAUGAGAUAAGCAUAACAUUAAGUGGCAUCGGUACUGUUUACUAUGCAGGUCCAUUGAAACAACAAAUUAAAACAGGCCUGGGAAAUAUUGUUGAAAUUCCUAAUCUUCUACCAAACCAAGAUGAACAAUAG